GUUACUGUCAAGCGGAUGUGGUGUCGUGCAGUAGGGCUCCGACGAAUAUCCUCGUCCUUCAUCAUCAGUCAUUUGCCAAUACCCUUGUGCCGGAGAAGAUAACCACCCAUAUACGAGAUGAAGAUAAUGGUGGCGAUAAAGCGUGUUGUGGACUACGCUGUCAAGAUCAGAGUCAAAUCCGACAAGAGCGGCGUGGAGACCAGCAACGUCAAGAUGUCGAUGAACCCCUUUUGUGAGAUAGGUUUGGAAGAGGCUCUGAGGAUCAAGGAAUCGGGUCUUGCGUCGGAGGUUAUCGCUGUCAGUGUGGGUCCGAGCCAGUGCGUCGACACGCUCAGAACGGGUCUCGCCAUGGGCGCCGAUAGGGCCAUCCACGUCGAAGCUUCCGCCACUCUGUACCCACUUUCAGUUGCUAAGCUUCUCAAAGCUCUCGCCGAUGUGGAGAAGCCUGGCCUCCUUAUUCUCGGCAAACAGGCCAUUGAUGACGAUUGCAAUCAAACAGGGCAAAUGGUAGCCGGGUUGCUCAACUGGCCUCAGGGGACCUUUGCUUCCAAGGUUGUGCUGGACAAGGAGAAAGAGGUGGCAACAGUGGAGAGAGAGGUGGAUGGUGGUCUUGAAACUUUAUGUCUGGACUUACCAGCAGUAAUCACCACUGAUUUGAGACUGAACCAGCCCCGGUAUGCAACACUCCCCAACAUUAUGAAAGCAAAAUCGAAGGUAAUAAAGAAGUUCACUCCACAGGAAUUGAAUGUAGAUAUCAAAUCCGAUUUGGAGGUUAUUCAGGUCACUGAGCCUCCCAAGAGAAAAGCAGGAGUUAUUGUUUCUUCCGUGGAUGAGCUGAUCGACAAGCUUAAGAAUGAAGCUCAUGUCAUUUGAUUAUGUUUCAACUUUUUUUGGCUGGAAGUCCUCUCUGCUGACCACUUCCUUCUCAUCAGAUGACUCUGUUUCGAAAGUAUAAAUUGACACAGAAAUCCAUGUGUACAACUGAUGGAAAUCCUGGUUUAAUAAAAUUUUCAUUUUAGCCUGUUA